CUCCCUACCUCAAGCCCUGCAGCAUCAAGUUGAGUUCCAAGGAGAUGACUAAAUGUGCUGUGAAGCACGCGAACGAAGCUCUCCCUCACGUCACAAAAGGGGAUCGCAAAUACCGCAUCCCGUCCAUGGACCCCUUGCUGGUGGACAGCCUGCAAGUGGACGACGGCCACGGCCCCCUCGGGCUCAACAUGCUCAUCACGCAAGCCAAGGUGCACGGCAUUCCCAAAACAGUCAUCAACAACGUGGAGUUCGACUUCAAGGAAAAGCAGGUGCGCUACGAUGCCUUCUUGCCGUCUGUCAACAUCCAGAGCAAGUACAACAUCUCGGGCCAAGUCCUGGUGCUGCCCAUCAUAGGACACGGGGAUGCCAACCUCACGCUUGAAAACGUGCACGUGACGUAUGAGUACGAGUUCGCUUUGGAAAAGAUGGAAGACAAAGAGGUCUACUUCAUCCCGAAGAAGCACACCGACUUCAGGUUCAACACAACACGACUCUACAUCUAUCUGGACAACCUUUUCAACGGAGACAGAUUACUG